CGAACGUAGUCGUCAUAUCAUGUUACGUUUAGACUAGCGAUUAUCGAAGACUACACGACCAGUCAGUGGGUUGAAAAUGGAUGACUUUUGUUGUCGAUUCUCGAUGCCUGUAAAGGUUUCGGUCCUGAAUGAGCAUCUAGUAUGUCGAUUGUGUUGGGGCUACAUCAUCGAGGCAACCGUCGUUGUGGAAUGUCUUCACGCUUUUUGUCGCAGCUGCAUUGUGAAACACGUGACAAGACCCGACACUAGACACCGAUGUCCUGUCUGCAACGUUCUUAUCCGAGACGCUCAGCCACUUGCCGGACUCAGAUUGGACCGGACGCUGCAGGAUAUUAUAGACAAACUACUGCCGCAAGUAAAAGAAGAAAAUGAGAAGAAUGAAGACGAGUUCAAUGCAAGCAGAAACAUAGAGAAAAAAUCAUCACCAUCAGGCAGCAGGCUCUCUUCGUCCAGUAACAGUCCUGUAGAAAGAACAAUUUUCGCAACUGAUGAGGAAAAGAUCUCGUUUCUUCUUCAACCAUCACGAGGAGAAAGUUUUGAUAGUUUCAAGAAAUAUCUCCGUUGUUCUUCUCGUAUGACAGUCUUGCAUCUCAAACGAUUUCUGUUGGAGAAAGUUGGUUGGAGUGAUGCACAUCAGCUUCAGAUCCUGUGUAGAGGAAAUGUGUUGAGAGAUGAACUGACGUUGGCAUUUAUAUGGAGAAUACGAUGGGGAAACAUGAAGUCGUUGCUUAUCAUCGAGUACACUUUCACAAAGAACAGCGACGCAGCAGCUGCAGAAACCAAGACGGAAACUUGGCAGAAAGGAAAGAAACGUAUGCCGCCACUAGAACGCACUGCAAGCAAGAGAAAAAGAGAAAAAGAACUAAGUGAAGAACCACAGUUAGUAUUUACUAUUGUGGAUUCUAGCAGUUCAGCUAGUGAAUCAUCGGAACCAGUAGAUGACCUUGCGGAUCAAGACGACCCGCCUAUUAAUAAUUAAUAAUUAACAAUUAUUUAAUUAAAAAUAUCAAGUACAUAUACUGUGUAUUAGUUGUCACAACAGUUGACAUGCAACGAUUACACGGAAUAAAUUAUUG